UCUGGGGAGGCACCGGCGCGAGCCCGAGCCCCUCGUCACCCCCCGCAGGCGCCACCGCCGGCCCUUCGUUGCGCCCCGGCCCCCCGCGCUGCCGCCCUCCGUGGCCCUCGAUGCGGGAGCGGGCCGCUGCGUGAUGGGGCUGCGGAGAGGCGCCCUGCGGCUCGCGGCGGCCGCUGCUCGCGCUGAGGAGCGUCGGUGCUCGGCCCCCCGCGCCCCCGCACGCCGCGGCGCCUGCUGACCCGGCCGGCCCGCCCGCCCGUCAGUCCCCAGCGCCGCUGAGGAAACUUGAACAUAAAUUCAAAAGAAGACUGAUUCUUUCUUUCUGGACUGCACAUAUAUAACAAGACCAUCGAUCAGAAUGUCGGGAGCCUCGGUGAAGGUGGCUGUCCGUGUGCGGCCCUUCAAUUCUCGAGAGACCAGCAAGGAGUCCAAGUGCAUCAUUCAGAUGCAGGGCAACUCGACUAGUAUUGUUAACCCAAAGAACCCAAAGGAAGCUCCGAAGUCCUUCAGCUUCGACUACUCCUACUGGUCUCACACCUCGCCAGAAGAUCCCUGUUUUGCAUCUCAAAGCCGUGUGUACAAUGACAUUGGAAAGGAAAUGCUCUUACAUGCCUUUGAGGGAUAUAAUGUCUGUAUUUUUGCCUAUGGGCAGACUGGUGCCGGGAAGUCUUAUACCAUGAUGGGUAAACAAGAAGAAAGCCAGGCUGGCAUCAUUCCACAGUUAUGUGAAGAGCUGUUUGAAAAAAUCAAUGACAACUGUAAUGAAGAAAUGUCCUACUCUGUAGAGGUGAGCUACAUGGAAAUUUACUGUGAAAGAGUGCGAGAUUUGCUGAACCCAAAAAACAAGGGCAACUUACGUGUACGUGAGCACCCACUUCUUGGCCCAUACGUUGAGGAUCUGUCCAAGUUGGCAGUCACCUCCUACACAGACAUUGCUGACCUCAUGGACGCCGGGAACAAAGCCAGGACAGUGGCAGCUACCAACAUGAAUGAAACAAGUAGCCGUUCCCACGCUGUGUUUACAAUUGUUUUCACCCAGAAGAAACAUGAUACUGAGACCAACCUCUCCACUGAGAAGGUCAGUAAAAUCAGCCUGGUGGAUCUAGCAGGAAGCGAACGAGCUGAUUCAACUGGUGCCAAAGGGACUCGAUUAAAGGAAGGAGCGAAUAUUAAUAAGUCUCUUACAACUCUGGGCAAAGUCAUUUCAGCCUUGGCGGAGGUGGACAACUGCACCAGCAAGAGUAAGAAGAAGAAGAAAACUGAUUUUAUUCCCUACAGGGAUUCUGUGCUUACUUGGCUCCUUCGAGAAAAUCUAGGUGGCAAUUCUCGGACCGCAAUGGUUGCUGCUCUGAGCCCAGCAGAUAUCAACUACGACGAAACUCUGAGCACCCUGAGAUAUGCAGAUCGUGCAAAACAAAUUAAAUGCAAUGCCGUUAUUAACGAGGACCCCAACGCCAAGCUUGUCCGAGAACUAAAGGAGGAGGUGACUCGGCUGAAGGACCUUCUUCGUGCUCAGGGCCUGGGAGAUAUCAUUGACAUUGAUCCAUUGAUCGAUGAUUACUCUGGAAGUGGAGGCAAAUAUCUGAAAGAUUUUCAGAACAAUAAGCAUAGGUACUUGCUAGCCUCUGAGAAUCAACGCCCUGGCAAUUUUUCCACAGCAUCCAUGGGGUCCCUUACUUCAUCUUCAUCUUCCUGCUCACUCAAUAGUCAGGUGGGCUUCACAUCCGUGACCAGUAUUCAGGAGAGGAUCAUGUCUACACCUGGAGGAGAGGAGGCCAUUGAACGUCUAAAGGAAUCAGAGAAGAUCAUUGCUGAAUUGAAUGAAACCUGGGAAGAGAAGCUGCGUAAAACAGAAGCCAUCAGAAUGGAGAGAGAGGCCUUGUUGGCCGAGAUGGGAGUUGCCAUUCGGGAAGAUGGAGGGACUCUGGGAGUUUUCUCACCUAAAAAGACCCCGCAUCUUGUUAACCUCAAUGAAGACCCGCUGAUGUCGGAAUGCCUGCUUUACUACAUCAAAGAUGGAAUUACAAGGGUUGGCCAAGCAGAUGCUGAGCGGCGCCAGGACAUCGUGCUGAGCGGGGCUCACAUUAAAGAAGAGCAUUGUAUCUUCCGCAGUGAGAGGAGCAACAGUGGGGACGUUAUCGUGACUCUAGAGCCCUGCGAGCGCUCAGAAACCUACGUGAAUGGCAAGAGGGUGGCCCAGCCUGUUCAGCUGCGCUCAGGAAACCGUAUCAUCAUGGGUAAAAACCAUGUGUUUCGUUUUAAUCACCCGGAGCAAGCACGGGCUGAGCGGGAGAAGACUCCUUCUGCCGAGACUCCCUCUGAGCCUGUGGACUGGACGUUUGCCCAGAGAGAGCUUCUGGAAAAACAAGGAAUUGAUAUGAAACAGGAGAUGGAGAAAAGGUUACAGGAGAUGGAGAUCCUGUACAAAAAGGAGAAGGAAGAGGCAGAUCUUCUCUUGGAGCAGCAGAGACUGGACUAUGAGAGUAAACUGCAGGCCUUGCAGAAGCAGGUGGAGACUCGAUCCUUGGCUGCAGAGACAACGGAAGAGGAAGAAGAGGAAGAAGAAGUUCCUUGGACGCAACAUGAAUUUGAGCUGGCCCAGUGGGCCUUCCGAAAGUGGAAGUCUCACCAGUUCACUUCCCUGAGGGACUUGCUCUGGGGCAAUGCUGUGUACCUGAAGGAGGCCAACGCCGUCAGCGUGGAGCUGAAGAAGAAGGUGCAGUUUCAGUUUGUGCUGCUGACGGACACGCUGUAUUCCCCUUUACCCCCUGAACUGCUUCCCACUGAGAUGGAAAAAACUCACAUAGACAGGCCUUUCCCUCGCACCGUGGUGGCAGUGGAAGUCCAGGAUCUGAAGAACGGAGCAACGCAUUACUGGUCACUGGAGAAACUCAAGCAGAGGCUGGAUCUGAUGCGGGAGAUGUAUGACCGGGCCGGGGAGAUGGCCUCCAGCGCACAAGAGGAGAGCGAGGCCACUCUGACGGGCAGCGAUCCGUUUUAUGAUCGGUUCCACUGGUUCAAGCUCGUAGGGAGCUCCCCCAUUUUCCAUGGCUGUGUGAAUGAGCGCCUUGCCGACCGCACACCCUCCCCCACUUUUUCCACGGCCGAUUCCGACAUCACUGAGCUGGCUGACGAGCAGCAGGAUGAGAUGGAGGAUUUUGAUGAUGAGGCAUUCGUGGAUGACACCGGCUCUGACGCAGGGACGGAGGAGGGAUCAGAUCUCUUCAGUGAUGGGCAUGACCCGUUUUACGACCGAUCCCCAUGGUUCAUUUUAGUGGGAAGGGCAUUUGUGUACCUGAGCAAUCUGCUGUAUCCCGUGCCCCUGAUCCACAGGGUGGCCAUUGUCAGCGAGAAGGGUGAAGUGCGGGGGUUUCUGCGUGUGGCAGUACAGGCCAUUGCAGCGGAUGAAGAAGCUCCUGAUUAUGGCUCUGGGAUUCGACAGUCAGGAACAGCUAAAAUAUCUUUUGACAACGAGUACUUUAAUCAGAGUGACUUUUCUUCGGUUGCAAUGACUCGUUCUGGUCUGUCCUUGGAAGAGCUGAGGAUUGUGGAAGGACAGGGUCAGAGUUCUGAGGUCAUCACCCCUCCAGAAGAAAUCAGUCGAAUGAAUGACUUGGACUUGAAGUCAAGCACUUUGCUAGAUGGGAAGAUGGUGAUGGAAGGGUUUUCUGAGGAGAUUGGCCACCACCUGAAACUGGGCAGCGCCUUCACUUUCCGUGUGACGGUGUUACAGGCCAGCGGCAUCCUCCCCGAGUACGCGGAUAUCUUCUGCCAGUUCAACUUUUUGCAUCGUCAUGAUGAAGCGUUCUCCACUGAACCCCUCAAAAACAAUGGCAGAGGAAGUCCUCUGGGCUUUUAUCAUGUGCAGAAUAUUGCGGUGGAGGUCACGGAAUCGUUUGUGGAGUACAUCAAAACCAAGCCUAUAGUAUUUGAAGUCUUCGGGCAUUAUCAGCAGCAUCCGCCUCACCUGCAAGGGCAGGACCUGAACAGCCCGCCUCAGCCGUCGCGACGCUUCUUCCCCCCGCCCACGCCGCUGUCCAAGCCAGUUCCAGCCACCAAGUUGAACACCAUGAGCAAAACCAGCCUUGGCCAGAGCAUGAGCAAGUACGAUCUCCUGGUUUGGUUUGAGAUCAGUGAACUGGAGCCUACGGGAGAGUACAUCCCAGCCGUGGUUGACCACACAGCCGGCUUGCCCUGCCAGGGGACGUUUCUGCUUCACCAGGGCAUCCAGCGAAGGAUCACAGUGACCAUUAUCCACGAGAAGGGAAGUGAGCUCCAUUGGAAGGAUGUUCGGGAGCUGGUGGUAGGCCGGAUUCGGAAUAAGGCCGAGGUGGACGAAGCUGCCGUGGAUGCCAUCCUCUCCCUAAAUAUCAUCUCUGCCAAGUACCUGAAGUCUUCCCACAACUCCAGCAGGCUCUGUCUUGAUAAGGAUGUUCCUAGGACCUUCUACCGCUUUGAGGCCGUGUGGGACAGCUCCCUCCAUAACUCCCUUCUUCUCAACCGAGUAACACCCUACGGGGAAAAGAUCUACAUGACCUUGUCGGCCUACUUAGAGCUGGACCAUUGCAUCCAGCCGGCCGUCAUCACCAAGGACGUGUGUAUGGUCUUCUAUUCCCGGGACGCCAGGAUCUCGCCGCCGCGCUCUCUGCGCAGCCUCUUUGGCAGCGGCUACUCCAAGUCACCAGACGCCAAUCGAGUCACUGGAAUUUAUGAACUCAGUUUAUGCAAAAUGGCAGACACAGGUAGUCCAGGCAUGCAGAGGAGGAGAAGAAAAGUCUUGGAUACGUCAGUGGCGUAUGUGCGGGGAGAAGAGAACUUGGCAGGCUGGCGGCCCCGCGGAGACAGCCUCAUCCUUGAGCACCAGUGGGAGCUGGAGAAGCUGGAGCUCCUGCACGAGGUGGAGAAGACCCGCCACUUCCUGCUGCUGCGUGAGAGACUGGAUGACAGCAUCCCCAAAUCCUUGAGCGACUCGCUGUCCCCUAGCCUGAGCAGUGGGACCCUCAGCACCUCCACCAGCAUCUCCUCUCAGAUCUCAACCACCACCUUUGAGAGUGCUGUCACACCCAGUGAGAGCAGUGGGUACGACUCAGCGGACAUCGAGAGCCUGGUGGAUCGGGAGAAGGAGCUGGCCACCAAGUGCCUGCAGCUUCUCACCCACACUUUCAACCGGGAGUUCAGCCAGGUGCACGGCAGCAUCAGCGACUGUAAGUUGUCUGACAUCUCUCCGAUCGGACGGGAUCCCUCGGUGUCCAGCUUCAGCAGCUCCACCCUCACGCCCUCCUCCACCUGCCCCUCUCUGGUAGACUCGAGGAGCAACUCUCUGGAUCAGAAGACCCCAGAAGCGAAUUCCCGGGCCUCUAGUCCCUGCACGGAAUUUGAACAGUUCCAGAUCGUUCCAGCUGUGGAAACACCCUAUUUGGCCCGAGCGGGAAAAAAUGAGUUUCUCAAUCUUGUUCCAGAUAUUGAAGAAAUUAGACCAGGCUCCGUGGUUUCUAAGAAAGGAUACCUGCAUUUCAAGGAGCCCUUUGCUAGCAACUGGGCUAAACAUUUUGUUGUGGUCCGUCGCCCUUAUGUCUUCAUGUAUAACAGUGACAAAGACCCAGUGGAACGUGGCAUUAUCAACCUGUCCACAGCGCAGGUUGAGUACAGCGAGGACCAGCAGGCCAUGGUGAAGGCACCUAACACCUUUGCUGUGCUCACAAAGCACCGUGGGGUCCUCCUGCAAGCCCUCAAUGACAAAGACAUGAACGACUGGUUGUAUGCCUUUAACCCACUCCUUGCUGGCACGAUACGGUCGAAACUCGCCCGCAGAUGCCCGAGCCAGCCGAAGUGCUGAGGGGCUCUGCCGAGCGCCCCCACGCGCCUCCCGAGAGAUAAAGAAAGUGUUACCUCUCAUCUCUCUUUGUGAUUCUUGAGGUUACUCUUGUAUGUACUCCUGUGGCUUAACCCUCCGCCCUCCUUGUCCAGCACUUUUUCUAGCUCCCGUUCCCCAUAUCCAUUGCUCUGUGCUCUCUCUUCUCCUGUGCUGAGAAUCUUGUCAGUAGCAUGUGGCCUAACAAAGGGGGGAAACAAAGCAAAACAAACAAAAACCCCAGAGGGGAAUCCAAUGAGUCUCCAAUUAUUUUUGGUAUAUUUGGCUUCCUUUUGUGUGAUAGGUCCCCAUUGUGACCACCUCUGAUGUCUGUGCUGCUGUCUUUGCAUAUCUUUGUCUUUUUUUUUUUUUAAGACCGCAUAAUGCUUUUUUUUUCUUUUCUGUACUUGUGCUAUCAGUUUAAUUUGUCUCGGGUGGCUUAGAGACAAAGGGAGGAAACAUCUGGCCUUUUCAGAACCUGAGAGGAAAAAAACUUAACCUUUCCCCCUUCUGUUGCCUUUUUCCACCACUGGUUCCUGCGUUUUCCACCCAGGGAGAAGGUUGUGGCGAGCUCAGCAAUGGGGCAGGCCUGUUCUCUGAAGUUGGGGCUUGUUUAGAGAUGGCCAUGCGGUUUUCAGUUAGUGGGACAGAGGAGGGGAGAGGACCUGUUGGCAGGCCUGAGACAGAGGCUGCUGGUGACCUUGUCAGAAGGGAGGAGCCAAGGUUUCCGAGGAGCGCAGGGUGUGGGGGUGGGCUGUGGACGGUCCGCAGGGUGCUUGUUAUGGCGCAGGCCAGGAUUCCGGUGAAUUGCGCCCCUCCUCCCCAUUCCGUUCUUGGGGUCAGGGAUGAUGUGCAACAGUGUGGCAGCAGCGCGGUGUCAUGCACAGAUGUCCCACAAGGGGGAGUGUUUCGCUUUCUGAUGAGGAACUUGGCCAUUGUUGUCCUUUUAAUUGUGGUAAUGCUGAGUAAUGACCUUGUGGUUGUUGUUGCUCCCUUCGAUCAAAGAAAUACAGCUUUCAAGUAUAAACUUGGAAGCCUCCUCUGAAUCCAGUGGUUAUUUGCAAUAAUUCUUGUCAAACGGAAAAUACUUCCAGUGGUGCCUGUCCCCCCAUACUCAUAAAUGAGCAAACAUGGCAGGCUUUGCUUUCUGGACCCCAGGAUUAAAACCAGCGGCCUCCCACCAGUGAAAUCAAAGCAAAAGCAUGUCUGGGGGUAGAGAACAGGGCCCCCCCGAGCCCUGGCCCCAGCAUUGUGUUGCUCGAGUCCCUCGGGCCUCUCCUGGGCUCUGUGUGUCGGGUGUGGCACGUUGCCAGGGGAGGAAGGAGGACACUCAUAGUCCCCCCUUACAGGACGGGGACAGCUGCUUCCACCAGCCACCGUGGAAGAUGCUUUUUUCCUUUCAGCUGCCAGCAAGUUGCACAGGAGCAGCACGGAGAGGAAAAGGCCUCCAAGUAACUUGAGUUGCUCUGCCAGUUAGUAGACGUGGGUUGUUCUUACCAUCCUUUACCUCCCCCGCUCGGACCAUCGCUCGGGCGUUCAGGACAGAGUCUGCUUAUUCCCACUCUGGAGGCCGAGGGUCCUAAGCCUUGAGGUUCCUGGUGCUCAGGUGCUGGGGAACCGGUGGCUGUGCUUCAGGCAGCGGAGGGCAAGGGCCGUGCUCUCUGCAGGGGCGUUGCUGGGCUCAGCGCAGAACAGGGCUCCCAGCGGUACGCGCUGUGAUUGCCUUGCAGAGGGGGGAGCGAGGCAGGGAGAGCUCAGUAAAAGAAAGGAUAGAAAUCACAGGCAGUGACCUCACCUGAAAAGUGGUCAUUGAAAACUCUAGUAGAUUUUUUUAACUUUCUUCUCUUUAAACAUAGGUCACUAACAGCAAUGUUGUUUUGUAAACGGUAUUUUAACGUACUUAGAGGAGUCUGUGUUGUCUAAUAGACACAACGUGCCCUUCUGGUGCACGCUCAAAUCCGGGACCUGCCUGUGCUCAGAGACAGCCUCCUGGACUGGAAUUAAAUCUAAUUUCAGGGAAAUGAAAUUUGAAGGUUCCUUUUAGAAUGAAAUCAUGGAUGCUGCUGCUGUGUCAAGGGGUGGGGGAAGGACCCAUGUCUGUGUGACAAUAGGUGGGGAAGGCUGAGGGAGGGUAAAACCACGUGUUACACUGAAAAGGCUUUUGCUGCUGCUUCUGACUCAAAACCCUCUGGAAGGUCUUUGCUUUGGAGGUGCCAGCGCUUAGAACAGGCCGCGUGGCCUCUUCCUAGCCUUCCCUGGGCCCGGCUGCUUCUCGAGGAAGCAGGGCUCUCGGGCAGGCGCGCCUGCUCCCAGCCGAGGGGCCUCUGCCGCUGACAGGCACGGAUGGGCGGCCUCGCUUGGUAUCUCUCUCUCUCAAAGGGCCCCUCCUCAGAUCUGAGUUAGAGCGGUCUCAGAGUCGAUGUUCCCUUUGCAGACAGAUUCGCCCCCACCUUGAAGCUCUGAGAGACGGUUUAUGACGGGAGCUAUUUACGGGGCUUUAGCUGAAGCCAUAGUGGCAGGGAAGUUUAGUGAUGAACUUAACGUUUUAAGAAAACCACCGUUUUGAAGGUUUUUAAAUUUUCUUCCUAAAAUACUUCUUUCAACAAGCAAAAAAAAAAAAAAGGGCAAGUUAAGGAAACUCGUACACAAAUGAAGGAGAAAUGAGUGCCAGUUCAAAGUAAUCAUCUGCUCCCCUCCUUCCCCUCCUCCUGUCUCCUGCCAGAGCAAAACCCGGCCUUACAGCCCGCACCAGACCAGCGCACACCCUCCUGCCUGCGCCUGCCUGGGGGUCAGCCAGCUCUCAGGCCGGGCUCUGCGGGGCUGGCCAGCCCCUGCACACAGCCAGGAGCCCAGGAAGGCUGCCGCUGCGGCUGGGCGGGCACCUAAAUUGCAGUACAUCAUUAAAACAGGGUGAUGGCAGGGGAAAAUGAUUUUUCCCAACCAGGAAACCACUCUGAUUUUAUCAGUAUAUAUAUAUAUUUUUUUUUUUCUUGUUCAGCUCUGUAGAACUUAGAGAGCUGCUCAUAUUUUUGAUGGAUUUUUUUUCAGCUCUUUCAAGAUGAAGGAAUAAAUUAAAUCAUUGUGAAAGGUCUUUUGGGAUCUAAAAAGAAAAUGACUUCACCUGGCACAUAUUUCAAAGCAAAGACUUUGUUGCCUGCUGCUUCUUCUCUAAUUUACAGGGAUAUUUAAUUUUGUAAGGUAUUUGUAUAUUUAUACAGCUGUAAUUAAUUGCACAUUGGACUGGAAAAGAGAGGACGACCCGGCGCCUCUCGUGCUGUGCGCUCCCCUCGGGGUCCGAGGGGCGGUGUCAGGGCUUGUCCGUCUGACUUGGGUCCUUCAUUUUCCCUUUCGGUUCCCCUUCGAAAAUGUGACUGUUAACCUGCUCCUUACAAAGAAUUCUGACUCUGCUGCUGCUCUCAGAAGGAAUGCUGAAUGUGUUUCCAGUAGGACUGUAGCCCGUGUGUACUGCAUGCAGCUGUCCACCGUAGCCAGCGAUGGUUCAGCCAAGUGCGUGGCCAAACCAUUACUGUGUGAGGUAGGAAUGUACUGAUGUGUGUUUCCGUAGAAUUGAAAUAUCAGCCGAGAGAUUCUCUGCUUUUGCUGUUCAAAAGGCCAUUUAUGACAUUUGUAUUCGAGCCCCAUAAAAUCUUAGGAAAGCCUCUAACCACCACCUGAAGGAAGAAACGAGAGUUGACACAAGCUCCACGUGAAAAACCCACGGCCGGACAGACGGCUGCGCUCAGAUGGGAAGGUUGGUCUCUCGCCAGACCCGGCUGUCCCGUGCUGUUUUCCGUCUUCGCGUCGCUUUUUUUCCAGGCUGCGUAUUCGUUCUGGCAUCAGUUCACGCGAGGACUCUGCCCGCCUUCUCGCGCCCGAGGCGGCGUCUCAGCCCUCGCGGCUCCCGCGUACCUGUCGUUGAGAUGUCAGGUCUCGUGUCACCACCCUGCGCACCGCAACAAAACCCACGAACAUAAGUGGCCUUUUUGAACCAAGACUUCGCACCCUGACCUCUCCCCGGUGAAGGAGUUCAGCACAUUAGCAACAGUGUACAUUCUUGGUUUCGGGUUUUCAUUUCCACGUUUUAUCAUGUAAAUACUAUCUGACGUUUGGAGCUUGGGUUUACAGAAUGUAAAUAUAGUUCUCGUAUUUGUACUAAUUCCGGUUCUUUUGCUGUAGAGCCGUAGGCGUGCAAUGCAGACAUUAUCUAACUGUGUGUGGUAACCUUGCAUCACGGCACUAGUAGUGAACGAGGUCAAAUAAUAAAGGUACAACCAGUGCAUCAG